AUGAAACAUCGAUACUAUUUGCCGUGUGCAGACGACGAUGGUAACCCAAAUUGUUACAUGUGCGGAGUCAAUUUCUCAUCGAUGAAAUUCCUGUAUCAUCAUAUGCUCCUUCACACUGAUUCCGAUUGGCUUGAUAUUUUACCACCGGAGCCCUUGAAAUCCAUCGUGAUUGUCUGCCGUUCACUUCUUCCGACCAUGUUAUCAAACUUUGAUACGUUAGAUGAAGAUUUGAAGUUUAACGACGAAAAGGGUUUCAAUGAUGAUGAUGGGGAGAAUCAGAAUGAUGAGAUACUUGAUUUGAUGAAGUUUUUACCACCGUGGAAAGUAACUGAUCGGAGAGGCCGCCCGGCGGUGGUGGGCAAAAGAGGCUCCGACUGCAUGCAGAUGAAUAAACGAACGAAGUCAACUUCUUGCAUGAUAAGGUUUUUCAGAAAUUCUUGCAAUUGA